CUAUAAAGGAAGAGAAUGACAUCAAGGAAAAUCAUUGGCCUAGGAGAAAAGAGCCCGUAGGCGUUUAGGUGCUAUAUAUGUGGAGCCAGAAAGCUCUGGAGCAUCAGGGAGACUCCAGCUUAAGGCAACAAUGGUUCUUUUUAGGAAGAUCUUCAUCUUGCAACUGGUAGGGCUCGUGCUAACCUACAAUUUUACUGACUGUGAUUUUAAGAAGAUUAAAGAGAGCUACCGGAACAUCAUUUAUCAAGAACUGAAUAACUAUACAAAAGGGACGAAAGCCAUCGACUUUGACCAUUUCGUCUACUGUGAAGACCAGCCCGACUGCCUCCGCAAAAUCCAGAGCCUGACCUUCGAGCGCCGCCCUGGCUGCGCCGCGCCCGCCCGCGAGGCCUUCGCCGUGAGAACCCACGCCGCGCUCGCCGCCGCCUGCCCGGGCUACCGCGGGGCGCAGAUAAAUAAUACCCAGACAAUGAGGAAAAUAAGGAAAAGACAAAUCAAAACAAAUGAGUGCCUGGAACAAGUCACAUACUUGAAAGAACUGUGGCAGCGUCUCAGUCGCAUUUCAUAAAAACAAAAUAAACCUUCAAUAAAGUCACAUUUCACAGCAAGAAAGCAAAUCAUUUUUAUUAGGUAGAUGGAAUGUUAACUCUAACUGUGGCAUUUAAGAGACCACCAAUGUUUUCUUUGUUUGUUUUAAUUUCAGAGGGUUUCUUAGCUUAUUUUUGUAAGUAUCUGUUGUUUAAUGUAAGUGUAUAAUGUGGGGAAAGUAUUAGCCCUCAAAUGUCACGGGAGGCUUUUUUUUUUUAAGCAUUAAUGCCUGAGCUACUGGCUUUGUGGCAGUAAUUCUCAGCUGGAGCUAUAUAAACCCUACUCAAGGAAAGAAUCUAAAAGUAGAGUGGAAGGAGAAUUUUUCUCUUGGGAGAUAAAAAUGUUGAACUUGAUAGCAUGUAAACCUCUGUUUAAAAGGCAAACAUUCACAAAGGAAAUGAAAACAAAAGGAGUGCUCAAAGUUGUACCCAUAAUGAAGCAACAUGAAAUAAUUUCCAAGCAAAGUGUUGUGAAAAUAUUCUAAGCCAAAUUAAAAAAAUUAUCUAACAGACAAGAGUGGAAUAUGCCUAUCCUGAAGAAGUGCCUUUGUUAGAGCUAAAAUAUAUUUUGAAAUUUAUGGAAUAUAUCUUUAAUUUAUUUUGUAAGCAGUUUUUAAAAUGUACAUAUUGCUUUGUUAUCAACACUAUUUUUUCUUAAUAAAAAAUUCUCAAAUUCGU